UCAAAUAGGUAAGUUCGAAGAAGUUAUGGUGGGAGAUGAAUAUAAGCCCAUAACCUGGGGAUGAUGCUAUCAGUAUCUUCGUACUUUCUCGUAUAGUUACAAAGCAUAUCACAUUACUCGCGAAAAAAAGUCCAAAAUCAUGUUGAAGAUCCUUAUUUUGAUUGGGGCUUUAAUUGCAUGGUGCAAUGGCCUUGUUAUCAGCGGUUAUAAUGGUGGACACGGUGGUGUAUUUGAUUACGCGAGUCUCGAGGAUUACGAUGGACACGCAGUCCUGCCAACUGUCGCAGUACCAAUUCAUUCAGUGUCAGCAUCACCCUUACACAUAACGGCUCAAGAUUUACACACAAGUCUUCAUUUUCCUCAUCCCCAUCAUGAACAUCUUCAUCAUGAACAACUUCAUCAUGAACAACUUCAUCAUGAACAUCUCCAUCAUGAACAUCUUCAUCAUGAACAUCACGAACCCGAUCAUGAUUAUUAUGCUCAUCCAAAGUACACAUUCAACUAUGGAGUUCAUGAUCCCCACACUGGUGAUGUAAAAACUCAACACGAAAUUCGUGACGGUGAUGUGGUACACGGCUCUUAUAGUGUAAAUGAACCCGAUGGAAGUGUAAGAAUUGUCGAGUACACAGCUGACGAUCACAAUGGUUUUAAUGCAGUGGUGAAAAAAGUUGGACCAGCUGUUCAUCCGGCGCCAGUUCCAGUUCACAAAUAUGUGCACACAGCGCCCGAUUAUUACGCUUACGACUUUGAGAAACAUCAUUAUUAAUUGUAAAUUCUAAGCUAAUUAUUAUGUACAAAGUAUUUUUAAUAUUAUAAUUCCAUUAUUGUAAUUAAAUCUCCCAGCUAUAUUAGUUAUUAUUAUUUAAUUACGAUUACGUAAUUAAUGUUAAUUAAUUA